UUUAGCACGUCAGACAUUUAUCAGGGACUUAGUUUCCUGGCAACGUUCAUCCUGAGGAAAGAAGUGCAGAGCAGGUUGAGGGAUGAGCCACUCCUCUGGGAUUGGCUAUGAUGUGCAGGAGGCAACUAAUGGGGUGGACACUUCUGAUUCUCCAGAGACCCGCGAUUGGAUGAGCACUCAUGGCUCUGCCUCCUUGAAGUGUCGAGACGGAGAAGCUUGCUCAGAGCAAAACAAACAGGAAGAAACUGUUCCAGAGAUUCACACGUAUACACCCCACGGCACAGAGCCGGUAUAUGGACAAACACACAAAAACUCAGCACCUCACACCAAUACAAACACCUCUGAUGACAGCCCCCCUCACACAAACGAGUUACUGCUUGAACACACAUCUCACUCACAGCCAAUAUCCCAAAACAGAUCGGACAUGGACACAGAUGACCCGGCACACAUACAACCUAAUGAUGGGUGGGGAGGAGGGGAGAAAGAUGAAAGAGAAGAUGAUGAUGAUGAUGAUGAUGAUGAUGUGGAAAAGUGUGAGGAUACUCGGGAGACUACAGACAUUUCUGUGCAGCCAGUAAAAGAGACCACCACUGAGGACCCAGCCACUUCAGAAACCCCAUCCACAGAAGUGCCAAACAACUCCGUCUCUGAAGAUGAUGCCCCUUCCACUGCUUCCACUCCACCUGAGCAGGCCCCACCCCUGGUCCCAGCCCCUCCACCCAGUUCAGCUCCUGCUCCUAUGAUGCCAGAGCCUGAUGUUUGGCAGCGGCCAGCACAUGUGAUGGCAGAGGUGCGGGUUCGUUCGGCGCCGGAGCGGGACCGGGACAGAGAACGCGUUGUGAGGGGCAUGCAGGACAGUAAGAGUCUGGACGGCAUUAGUGAUGCUUAUGGAGGCAGCUCACGGGGCAUGGGGGUCAAAGGAGGGCAGGCAGAGGGACGCAGGGCUACUAUCUCCAGUGCUCUGGAACUGGAGGGAACUGUUAGCCACGACGGUGAUCUCACACACUUCAUCACCAAGAACCUGGAACAGAAGAUCAAAAUGAGCUCCAAGCGCAGCCUUGACACUGACUCGGACUGUUCAGGCCCAGUCGUCCGAGGACGUGGCUCAUUGCGUCGGCCAGCUGAUAUCCCCCCUAUAGACCCCUCAGUGCUCCUGGACCUGCACAAACACACACAGGAAGUUGCACACAGUGUUGAGAUGAUGCUCCGCAGCCUCAAUGGAACCAUCCAGAAUAUGACUGCUCUGAGUGUGGGAUAUAUUCAGACAUACAGAGAUUCUGUGGAUAGUUUGGGAGAGUCAGUGGACAUGAGCAUAAAGGGAAUGUACACACUGAUGGCACGGUGUGAGGAGUUGGAUCGUUCCAUGCAGCCCAUCCAGGCGCUCGCCGCUCAGAUCAGAGACAUCAAACGCACGCUGGAUGCUUUGGAAGCCAUCUGCAAGUAACUGCUGGCAACAAGCCACGCCCCCUGAUGACUAAGAAGCUCCUGGAGAUGCUUUUUUGCGAUGAAACUCCGCCCUCUGCAGACAGUUUGCUAAUUAUCAUGCAACCGAAUCACUUUGCUAAUGAUUGUGUCUCCUAGCAACGCUCUGCGAGUGCUCCUCCCCUCCUCUCGCACCUCCCUAUGGAGAUGACCCGUUGUUAGCCCUUCCUCUUGUUGUGGCUCGUUGCUUGUAGGAUGAUUGUCAGGGGAGAGAAAAGCGGACUUCUUUCUGUGAGCUCACACCGUCCGACAUACUUCUGACCACAAAGAGGUGCUCUCUCUCUCCAUGAAUGCAUCAGUAGCUUAAGUGGGACUAUUUAUGAAGUAUGGUUGAGUGUGUGUGUGUGUGUGUGUGUGUGUGUGUGUGUGUGCAUGUGUAUGUGCGUGCGUCAGUUGUUUUAACAGAUGGACUGGUGAUGUUAAGUGUAUCACCUCCUAGCUAUUGAAGGCAUCAAAAUUAAAGACUGGAAAUGUGUCGGAUUAGUAUUUGUCCAUACGGAACCGUUCACUAGAAGCCAUUUUUUGUUGUGUCUUCAGAUUGGAUGCUAUGUAUCCCCGUUUGAGUUCUGUUUCCACGGUGACCACUGAUCGUUUCUAACACACGUGUCCAGUUAAUCGCCCUGGGAACUGUGGACAUUGUGUUGCUACAGCAACUGUCAUGAUGAAUUUCCAUGGCACGUGAGGUGCGGUGCGUGUCAACUGGCUGGAGGCUGAACGGCCAGUGAUUUCACAGCGAUCCCUCUGACUGAAGAAAUUAGUGCAAGUUAGUGAUUGAGACAGAAAAGGCAGACAGAGUUGAUGAAUGAAAUGAAGGAGUGCGGUACAGUCCCUUUCCUCUUUCGGGCCCUAAUCUCCAGACCCAUAUCCGUCUCCAUGCAUCUCUGCUUCUACAGUCCCGGUUUAUCAACCAGUCUGUCUGGCAUCAGUGUAUGUUUUAAAGAAUGAAAUAUAACAAUAAAUUUACUAGAAUGAUCCAGAAAAA